CUAGUUUUUUCUAAAUCUACCACCACCUCCACCUCCUCCACCACCCCUUCCUCCUCCUCCUCUUAUGCGUAGCUCUUCAGUUAAGAUACAAGGCGCCAGCGGAUCACAUCUCCUCCUUCUCCUCCUCCUCUUCCUCUUCCUCAGAAGGCGGCCAUGGCGGGGGACCUGACGAAGUACAAAGGGAGCUGCCACUGCGGCGCCGUCAAGUUUGAGGUGUGGGCGCCUCAGACUAUCACCGUUGUGGAUUGCAACUGCAGCAUUUGCGUCAAGAAGCAGAACAAACACUUCAUUGUGCCGCUGAGUCAGUUUAAGCUGGUGAGUGGCCACGACGCCCUCACCACCUACAGCUUCAACACUCACAAGGCCAAGCACACCUUCUGCUCCACCUGCGGCGUGCAACCCUUCUAUAUACCCAGGUCUAAUCCAGAUGGCUACGGUAUCGCCCCGCACUGUCUUGAUCCACCCCCAGCCAAGGUCAAGGUAGAGAAAUUUGACGGGCAGAAGUGGGAGGAGUCCUUCAAGAAACACCCCAACAUUGCCAGCAGGUCCAAGGCAAAGUAGCAACACCAAGGAACACCACAAGGCACACGUCAUCUCUGUCUGUGUUGCUUGAAACUGUCUCGUAACUGUCUUGUAAUGUAUGUGAUGAUGUGAUGCUUGUGGUGUGGUGAUGUGGUUUGUGGUGGUGAUGUGUUUGCGGUGACGUAAUAUUGGUGAUGUGAUGUUUGUGAUGAUGUGGUGUUUGUGGUGAUGUAAUGUUGAUGUGGUGAUGUAAUAUUGAUGUGUUUGUGGUGAUGUAAUAUUUGUGAUGUAUUUCGUCAGUAGAGGCAUUGGCAAGGAGAACAAGAAGGAAUAUGAAUCUAAAGACCCAUAUUUUGCAACACUUGGUUCUAGAGACAGAUUAAUAAGAUUUCUUCAUUACUAACUGGAGAUACACACCUGAGAGCCUGGCUGAUCAUCUAUGUGGCCUUAGAAAACAGUCUUGGUGAGAGGAUAAAGUGUUGAAGACAAGCCUGACAUGAGCUCUCCUUUCUCCAGUCACCGCGUGCUCAUCUGUAAAUAUUGAAGCGUUCAUUACUGAGGAAAGGAAAGGCAAAAUGUGGUUCUAUAAUUAUUUGUUAUUUAAAAUCUUCAUAGUUUCAUAGUAGAUAUCUGAAAAGUUCGUUAUAUUUUUCAUGUAACGUAUUUUCAAGCUAUCUUUGUAUCAUGAAACGUUGUCAACACACUUCUGUCUGAUGUCGACAAAAUGGCAAAGUAUCGACAUAUUAAAAAACAAACAUUCGGGGAGAUAUUUAGUAAUCAAACCUGCUUCUCAAUUUGCCCCCUUUAUCUCGUGUAUUUAAUGGUAUUAUAGCAAAAAAUAUGUAUCUAAUAACGAAAAUAUAUUGACACCACUUGAAAUGACAUACCCAAGGGCACACCCCAUGAAGUGAAGUAUCAAAAACCUAAAUUUUGUCAUUCCAUUCCUUCAACUAACAACAUUUAAGGGUAAAGUAACAAACAUCCACUGUAUCUAAUAACAAUUGCAUUUUACUUGAAGAGCAAACAUUCUGAGACGAGAAAUAUACAUUCUGGCCGA